UGUUUCUGAAUUCUUUCCAAAAAAUUAGUUAAUACAGCUAUGUACGAAAUAUCUCAUUUUAGAAUCGCAGAAGUGGUGGUGAAAUAAAACGAGACGAGAGGAGCAUCGGUCUUAUUGUUGGAUAGGCUUAUUAAAUAUUAUUAUGUAUGCUAAAGAAUUAUUUGGAUUUUCGUGGUUUGUGUCUGUGCUUUUUGAUUUUAUUUAGCAGACGAAACCGCGGUCCAGGUUAGCAGUGGGUGUACCUUUCUACUUCUAUGACGAAACCGAUUUAGUCUGCUACUAAGGAGAGAUAAGGUUGAAACCAGGCGGUGGGGAAAGUUGCUGCUACAGUGUACAUAUAUUCUCGUUAUUAAUUGAAGCAUCUGUGCCUUCUCUCCGGGCAGCACUGCGAAUUACAGUUUCUCUGCUUUUGCCAAAACACAUUGGUUUGAUACAGUUACAGCUUCGUUAGGUUAAUAUAGUUUCUAGUUGUGUGGCAAUGUCGGCAGAAGAGGAAAGAUUUAAACUCGUGGUCGUAGGCGGAGGUGGUGUCGGAAAGAGCGCUUUAACCAUUCAGUUCAUUCAGUCAUACUUUGUAUCGGACUAUGAUCCCACCAUUGAAGACUCCUACACAAAGAUAUGCCCUGUGGAUGGGAAGCAGACACGACUAGAUAUCCUGGACACUGCUGGGCAGGAGGAGUUUGGAGCAAUGAGGGAGCAGUACAUGCGGUCUGGAGAAGGCUUCCUCCUGGUGUUUGCUUUGAAUGACAGAGGGAGUUACAACGAGAUCCAGAAGUUUCACACACAGAUCCUCCGAGUGAAAGACAGAGAUGAAUUCCCCAUGGUCUUGGUUGGAAACAAGGCAGAUCUUGACUCACAGAGACUGGUAUCCAGAGAGGAGGCGCAGGCUUUUGCCAGAGAGAAUCGGAUCCAUUACAUGGAAUCAUCAGCUAAGAACCGUUACAAUGUGGAUGAGGCGUUCAUUGAAGUCGUGCGAGCUAUAAGGAAGUUUCAGGAGACCGAGAGUCCUCCCAUCCCCUCCAACCACACGGGCAAGUCCAAGAGCUCCAAAGGCUGCCCCUGCACCUUGCUGUAACUGCCCUGCCUGCCCUGUCGCCAUGGAGACCAGCGCCCCAUUUGAAAUGAUUGGCAUCUUGGAUCCCUUUGGAAACGGUGUAAUUUUAAACUGAUGGGGGGGGGGGCUGGAAUGGACAUUGGAGACAGUGAUGGGAGGGAUGGAUGAGGGAGUUCCAUUGAGUGAGGG